AAAACAUAAAUAACAAUUAAAUCAUAAAGGCAACCAACUGACGACAUAACUCAGAAACACAAUGAAACGCUUAUUUGUUUUUCUUUUAAUGUGAAUAUGACUGUACAAGUCACUUGGAUUUCCUUUGCAAAAUAUCACCUGUCACUUCAUUAAUCAAACAACUAGUUCAAUGCUUCAUUUUAUUAUGUUAGAAGACAGCUGUUCAAUGCUCUUUAGUUUUAACGAUUGCCCAGGGUAAAUUUUCAGUUGAAUUCACUUGAGAAUUUUAAUAUUCAAUACAGUUUACAGAUAAAUUAGAAACAGUCAAAAAGGAAUGUGCUAUCAUAGAUGAUGUGAAUAUUGAUCAACAAGCUGGGAUAUUAACCUCUAAAGUUACAGAAAAUGAUCAUGAUCCAGUUAUUAGUGUCAUUCGAAAAUUACACAUCUAUUUAACCGAUACAAAUUUUAUUGGAUUUGAUAUUUUACAAAAAUCAAUAAAUCGAUGGUAUUAUUCUAAUAAACAAUUCAAACAUAUGAUUACAAAUUUAAUGAAUUUAUCACAUUUUCAACUAGUCCAAACAUCAUCAAUCAAACAAUCCCUUUCAUCAUCAUCAUCAUCAUCAUCAUCAUCCUCACCAUCCUUAGAAAAAGAUAAUAUUGAAGGAUUAAUUGCUAAGGCAACUAGAAAGAAUACAAUAAUCUAUUCAACAACAGCUGAUAAUGAAGAUUUACAACAAUUAAUGAAUAUGUUUAAACCAUUCUGUAAAAAUGUUACCAUGGAUACAAGUAAUAUUCAAAUGAACAAUCAUAUGGAUACAUUCACUAUAUAUAUAAAUAAAUUAGAUCAUUGGAUUAAUAAAACUAAAAUGAUCAAUGAAUUCAUACAUAAAAAACAGAUCAAUUUGAAUAUUAUUCAUCUUAUAAAUCAACAAUUAAAUCAAUUAGAUCAUAAUUUAACAAUCAUUUUGGAUAAAUAUCCUUUAGAUGUUUGUAUAAGAUUAUCUAAUCAACUGAUUACAAUUAUGGAGCUUCUUUUAACUCAAGUAACAUUUACAUUGCCAGCGCAACCAAUUUGUCAUGGAAACAAAGAAACACAAAUAUGCGUUGAACUAGAAGACCGUGAUAAACACAUCAUAGGAACUCAAUCAAAGCAAACAACAAGUGAUCGCAUGAAACUGGUCAUUCAUUUAAUGAAAAUAAUCAAUUUAUUACUAUCAUACAUUUUGCCAAUAUUUACACAAUCCAAUAGAAAUCUUAGUCUACUGAAUAAGGAUAAAAUCACAAUAACUGUGAAUGAGAAAGUUAUGAGAAAAAAAUUGGAAAAAGUUAUUUCACAUCUCAUUGAACACUUAGUACAGUUACCAUGUGUAAUUGAUGACUUCUGUUUAGAUGUAUUAUAUAAGGAAAGUACUCAACAGCCUAAUUGUUUUCAAAUUGAAUUGGAGACAUGGAUUCAAAGAUAUGAAAUGGAAAGAUUAGAUAUAAUGAGUAAAGAAUAUGUCUAUGUUGAUCAAUGGUUACAAGAUAUUUCAGAAAAAGAUCCAUAUGCAAUCACAGUAUCAACAAUCAGAAGUAUUUUCAAUGAUCAUCCUGAAAUUGGUAUUUUCAUACAUCAAUUCAAUGAUCAAAUUAAUUGUUUCUUUUCUGAACUUAUAUUAAAUACAUCACAUUUAUCAAUCAUAUUGAAUAGAACAAACAAUCUCAAUGGAAUUGUUCAUCAAGAUGAUUGGAUAAAACUAAUCAUUCAUAAUAUGAUUAUCAUGAAAUCAAAUAAAUCAAUAAUCUAUUUAUUAAAUUGUCUAUUAGCUCAUGCAUCUACAACAUUUAAUAUUAUGAAUUCAAAAAAACUAAACAGUACUACUCAUACUACUCAUACUACUAAUGCUAACACUAAUACUCAUACUACUCAUACUACUAAUGCUAACAGUACUACUCAUAAUACUACUACUAAUACUACUAGUGCUAACACUAAUACUCAUACUACUGCUACUACUACUACUACUACCACUACUACUAGUAGUAGUAGUAGUAGUAAUAUGGAACAAAAAGAAGAAUCUAUAUCCACAAUUAUUCGAUCAUUAUUUAUUAUAGACUGGUUCACUGAACAAUAUCCAUAUUUAAUUGAUACAUUAAUGAAUAUAGAUUAUAAAGAUUUACUUUAUAUUUUCAAUAUAAAUAGUAUUAUAUCUAUAACAGAUAAAUUCAAUGAAAUAUCUCGAAUGAAUUUAAUACAAAUCAAGUUGAUUAAAUGUAUUCUAAUUGCAUUAAUAAGUCGAUUAUAUGAGAAACUUAAUAUUAUCAGUGAAAUUUCAUAAAACAAUGUCAUUUAACGAGUAAUGAUUUGAUCAAGUACAAUGAGAACAAUGUACAUAAUUAAUUUCUUAAAACGAUAUAUAUCUGACAUUGAAUCGUAUCUUGAAGAGUAACUUAGUUGAUUAGGUAUAUUUAUCAGUUAUAAGUACUUAAAUGUAUUGUGUUUUAUUGUAAAUCUUUUCACAUAGUAAAUAUACUGAUUCAUUGAUAUUCAAUGGUGUAAAGUUCAGUUUUCACAGAUCCGUGAAGCUGGGAG